CCGCUUCCCCCAAUCUGCCGCGGCAUCCCCAUCAUAUUCACCCUCCAUUCAACCAACGCGCAGUCUGGUCUUCCAGCUAGCCUCUCGUUCACUCCACCAUCCUAUCCCAGUCGCGACUCUUCAUCCGAUCGACUCGCGUCAUCUACUCGUCACCUCCGCCCGUUAAUCCAACACCGUCACAAUGCCCGACGAAGAGCCGUCCCUGAAUAUCCCCUCUCUCCUCACCCUCGCCGUGGUGUCGUUCUUCGUGCUCCGCUGGUUCCUCGGCCGCGAUGAACCCAGCUCCGGAAGCGGGCGCAGUCGUGCGCGCGGCGUCGUCGACCCAGCUCAGGUAGAGCAGAUCUCCCAGAUGUUCCCUCAGCUCAGCGCCCGCGAGAUUAUGUGGGAUCUGCAGCGCAACGGGGGGAAUGUUGCGGCGACGACGGAGAGAAUCCUGACUGGUCGGGGGUUGGAAGUGCCGCCCCCGUCCUUCCAACCCCAGAUCGCCAUUCCCCCAACAGCUCCGGUGCAAUCCGCGCCCAGCCACACGACCUCCAAGGCUGACGGCCAGGACCUGAUCUCUCGCUACAACCUCCGCGCCAAGAUCGAUGCCGAGAACGCCGCCGAGCCGCAGGCCCCCUCGACGGGCUGGUCGCAGAGCAAGGAGGAGCGCCAGCGCUUGCUGCAGAAGCGGAGGGACGAGAUGAUUCUGGCGGCGCGCAGAAAGAUGAUGCAGAAGGAUCAAACCGUCGCUUAGUUGCAUGCUGGUUGGGUUCAGGGCUCGUCCCAGGGUGCUGACGACCGUUCUUUUCGUUCUGUAUUCAGUUUGGAUCCCUUUUCUCUCCUUCGGUUUUCUUUGCGGGAGAUGUUAUAUACCUCUUGUCGUCGGCGUUGGCAUGUGUAGGAUCCAAUCGAUGGCACUUCUUGCGUUUCUUGUUUUGUUGUUUUGUUGUUUCCUUGGAGAUUGUCACAAGGGUCCCCAUUGCUGUAUCUUCUUUCUUCAUCUCCUCUCUGUUUAAGCAAAGCGUCGCAUGCGGAUGGUGUUUGAUAGGUGGAAUGAAUGGACUACCUCUAGAAUGACCUUUACUGCCAACAAUCCAUCACUGAUAUAGGGUAUAUACAUCUGAACGAUCAUGUAUGCGCAUGUCAAUAUAUCCGUCCGAGAACUCCGUCCUGAAACAAC